AACAUACAUAUAUAUUCAUUCGGUACGCUAGUAAAGUAAAAUAGAGUUGGGCUGUGUACCGGUUUCAAUAUUAUCAAUGCAGUGUGGUAUUAUACGCAGUACCACAAAAAUAUCCAUAAGAAAAAGAUCCAUAGUGAAUCAUUGCAAGAUCGAUGAAAUUUUACUUUUGUAAAUAUUUCUUUAUUAAUUUAUAUACCAGUCUGAAGUCAACUCGAUAUCAUAACAGUACGACACACGCGAUAAUCUCUCUGUGUUUGUGGUUGAAUUUGAUUUUUUUUUAUUCUUGUUAUUACUUUAAAAUUUAAAAAAAAACGAACCUUAAACCGUUGCUAAUUAUUGUAAGUGUAAUAAGUGUUUGCAUUCAAGUCCGAGGUGCAAUUAUUUUUGCAUUUGAAAUUGUUUUUUUCUCUGAGAUAUUUUUGUUUUUGUUUUUUGUAUUGCAUUUUCGCUGCUUUUGUGAAAAUCGUUUCCGUUGUUGCAUUGAAAGAAAAUAUUGAAUUAAGAAAAGCAAAACAAUCCGUUAACAUAACAUAUGCAUACAGACCCCAGUGUAUUGUGACUGGUGAUAAUAAUAUUUUGUUGCCUAUUAAGUAUAUGUAAUUAUGCAGCCAAUCAAACUCAACAAAUCUAUUUUAUGACAAAUUUUAUGAAGAUUUAAUUAGUGUGAUAACAAUCGCAUCAUAUUAUUGUCUCUACGCUGGAAAUGAAUAGUGAAUUUUGAUUUAUCUCGUGAAUUUUAUCACUCACAGACACUUAAAAAUUUGUUUUUAUUUUUUUUAUUUAUCUAUGUCGAAUAAUUAAACCGUACAUUGAGGUUGAAUAUUGAAGCACCAGCAACGUUAAAUAUUUAAAGUAAUUCGUAUCGUCGAGGGGUGAGAGAGGGAGAGAGAGAAAGAGUGAGAUUGUGUGUGUAUACGAGCUUUUUAUAGCAAAACAUUUUUUUUGUCGUAUUUAAAUUGACAAUAUCCAAAUUGUAUAUCGGUGGCCGGUGGACAAACGUAAUCGGAUAAUAAAAGUUUGAUAUCAAUAUGUCGUCUCAAUUUUCCUCAUUGAUAUGGGAUUACUUAGUGUUUGCACUGUUCAUUAUCGGAUCCACAUUAUAUCCAUUAUGGAAUGACAUAAGAGGCAGAAAGGAAAAGCAAACAAAAGCCAACUAUGUAUUCGCGACAGGACGGGUUUCUAUGUUUGCUAUUAUGCUUUCAAUAGCAAGGGGAUCACUUGGUGUAAGAGCUUUUAUAGGAUUUCCGAGUGAAUUGUAUUACAGAGGUGCGGGUAUGUGGGAGACAAUUUAUGGUUUAUUGAAUGCGUACCCAUUGGUGGGAUGGGUUUUUUUGCCCGUUUAUUUCAAUUUGGCUAUAACUUCUGUGUAUCAGUAUUUAGAUUUAAGAUUUAAGAGCAGAUUAGUGAGAUGUCUUGCAUCUGGUUCGUUUAUUAUACGAAAUAUCUUUGCAAUGGGUAUUACACUUUAUACACCUAGUGUCGCUCUAAAUACGGUGGGUGGCGUUCCUUAUUGGAUAACAUUGCUGGGAAUGACAGCCAUUUGUAUUUUAUUCACUUUAUUGGGUGGACUGAAAGCAGCUAUAACCGCCGACGUCAUCCAAGGUAUCACAAUCAUUAUCAUUUCAAUAGUGGUAAUCGGUCAAGGUAUCUUCGAAAGUGGUGGCAUUGCCGAAGUGUAUAACAUCAAUCGAGAUAAUGGCAGGCUACAAUUAUUCACAUUUACCGGUGAUUUAACAACGCGUGUGGACACUGGCUCGGCUUACCUGGGUCAAUUAUUCAUUUCAUUAAGUAUUCUCGGUUGUCAACAAAAUUUAGUGCAACGAUAUUUAAGCAUGAAAUCCGAAAAGGAGGUUAAACGCACACUGUAUGCCAACGUACCCUUCAUUGCUGUUUUAUUCACAUUGCCCUGGAUAGUGGGUAUGGUCAUUUACUCAACAUACAUCAAGUGUGAUCCCCUAGAAGACGGUUACAUAACAAAAUAUGAUGAAAUAUUACCGUUCUUUGUACACGACAAACUAAUGUACAUUCCUGGAUGCUUAGGAUUGUUCAUGGCGGCGUUGUUCAAUGGAGCUUUGUGCAUUAACGUGUCCAAUAUUAACUCGGUGGCAACAGUUACUUGGGAGGACUUUUUGGCCCCGUUGCCGCGAUUCAGAAGUAUGAAAGAGAAAAAUCAACUGCCAAUGAUCAAAAUAGUCGGCAUAGUGUACGCAUUCAUAACAUUGGGAGUGGCGUUUGGUGUGGGUCUCUUAUCCGGUGUAAUCGAAGUGGCUAUGUUGACCAGUUCGAUAACAACGGGCCCGUUAGUUGGAGUGUUUCUGUUAGCUGUUCUCGUCCCAAUAGCCAACUGGAAGGGUGCAGCGGCAGGAAUGAUAACAUCGCAUAUCAUAACUGGAACAUUCACAAUUGGAAGCUACAUCAUGGAUUUACCGUCUCAAGUACUGACAACAUCUACUGAGGGAUGCACCAAUACAACAUUUUCUCCGUGGAUAACGAAAUCAGAGGCGAGCUGGUUGUCCCAAACAAGUCCCGUUGAAAUUGGCUGGACAGAUAAUGAAAAUUCAUUUCUACUAAAACACGAAACAACCAUACCAGAAAGAACACCACUCUCGUCCGUAUUCGGUAUGAGCUAUAUGUAUUACAGUGCGCUGGGAACAUUUGUUACAAUAUUUGUUGCAUGCAUUGUCAGCAAAUUGACUUACAACAAAGAGGAACAAUGUGACGAUAAACUGCUCAAUCCGGCAGUGAUUAAACUUAGAAAUUAUUUUUACAAAAAGUCGCAGUCAGACGUCGAACAGAACAAAGUGAACGAACACGAUAAUUUGGGUUAUGAAAUUGAAUCGGACACAAAUGCAAAUAGUACAAAGGCUACAAAUAAUAUUAACGAUAUUGAAUCGGAUGGUAUUACUCAAGUCGAUCAAGAAGCUCUAUCGAAAUCAUAUUUUGACUUGAAGCCGAAAGAGGUUUAUCGACAAAUUCCUGAAUAAGAUUUUAACAAUUUUGUAAUUUUUCUCUGAUUUCUUUCUGUCGUUUUUUUUAAAUGUUUCAUCCAACUGAUCGAAUUAAUAGGAAUUAUGAUUUUGCCAUAAUAUUUUAGGUUUUUAAUCGAUAAGCGUGGAUUUAUUGAAAUGAUUUUUUUUUGUGUCUCUUAUUGCGCCCAGUUGUAUAAGCCUGAACUUUUGACUAUUAUAAUUUAUGCACAAUUUUAGUUAAGCAUUGAAAUAAUUUUUAUUAUUUUUUUUUAAAUUUAAACGACGACCGGUUUCAUAAAAUGUUGAUAUUUUGUAGUAGAUUUAAAUGAUUUAGAUUGUAGACAAAUGCUCUCAAAAAAAAAAAAAAAAAAUUGGUAUCGUCCCAACAAACUGAGAUGAAUUAUUAUAAAAUAUUUUUACACUUAA